AUACGGUGCAGUAAAUCGCUGGCAUUGACCCAUUUAACAACAAAUAGUCGGACUAUUUUCUUUGAUAUUCCUCGAGUUAAUGCAUUUUCCAAUUACUUGCAUAUUAAUUAUUUGCAUUUCGUGAGUGUUUGUCGGCGUAUAUUGAAGAUUGACUCACAACACCCGCCAGAAGCCACAAAGACUUUAUUUUCAAGUUUCAAUAUCAACUUUGAGUUAUAAUAACGAUGACUACUGUAGCCCCAGCCACUUGCUGCACUUCCCUUCUAGGGUCUAGUGAAUCUGAAACGGGAGUGCCUACUAUGUUGUCCGACAUUGAUCAAUUGCCCUCAAUUCAAUUGGGUGAUUUUAAGCUGGAAUUUGAGCUUGGAGAUCCCACGGCCCAGACCAAAGAGGUGGCCCUUAAGGAGCUACGUGAGACUCCUGAGCGCCAAAAGGAGGCCACAAAGGAAUUGAAACGUUUAUUGGAAGCUGAAACCGAUCUCUUGUGUCCUAAGGAUAAUGAAGAGUGGUUGAUACGUUUUUUGCGUCCCUGCAAGUAUUAUCCAGAAAGUGCGCGUGAUUUGAUCAAGCGUUACUAUGCCUUUAAGGUGAAGCAUGCAGAUGUUUAUACUGAUUUGAAACCUUCAAGGGAAUCCAAUAUCUUUAAACACAAUAUCCUAACCGUAUUUCCAAAUAGAGAUCAAUGUGGUCGUCGUAUAUUGGUUCUGGAACUGGGCAAGCGCUGGAAGCAUAAACAAGUCUCACUGGAGGAGGUAUUCAAGGGAGCUGUGAUCUUUUUGGAGGCCGCCAUGUUGGAACCCGAGACACAGAUCAAUGGAGCUGUCGUUAUCUUCGAUAUGGAUGGCUUGAGUCUACAGCAGACAUGGCAAUUUACACCACCAUUUGCCAAACGUAUUGUCGACUGGCUACAGGAUUCUGUGCCAUUGCGUAUCAAGGCCAUUCACAUUGUGAAUCAACCGAAAAUUUUCAAUGUGGUCUUUGCUCUGUUUAAGCCUUUCCUGCGCGAAAAACUUCGCAAUCGAAUUAUUUUCCAUGGCACCGAUCGCGAUUCCCUACACAAGUAUAUGUCUCCGAAAUGUCUGCCCUCUUGUUAUGGUGGCAUUCUGGAACUGAAACGUGUCGAUGGCGAUCAAUGGUAUGAAUUGUUACUCAUGUGCGAUGCCGAAUUCGAUGCCAUCAAUUCGUAUGGCUAUAAAAAGAAGUGAAUAGUUUUUGCGUCAGGGGGAAAGACAAAGGAAGAGAAGAGCAGACGAGAUGAGGAGAGCACGUGAUCUACAGCAAGUGAUAAUUUCCCAUAAUAUUCGAUUCCAAAAUCCAAAAGUUAGACAUAUCUAUGUAAUAAGCAUGUCCAGUAAGUGAAAUACCGCCUAAAGUUUGCCUCCCUUAGUCUUAAGUCAAAUGAACAAUAUUUUCCCGCAUGAAAAAACAAAAUGUUUUAUAAAUUUUUGCAAAAUAUUAAAACAUAUACAUAUAUAUAUAUAUACAUAUAAAAAUAUUACAUACAUUUAAAACGGGUUUAAGCAUAUUUAUAUUAUGUUAUUGUAAUAAAUUUCGAAAACUGUUAUACUUUGAAA